GAAGAUAGAAAUACACGGACAAGAAGGCGGCGUCGUCCGAGGGGAAACAAAGAUGGCGCUGCCCAUGUUAAGAGGUUGCCACAGGUUUCCGUCAACAUUUAGCUGUAUUCGUUUAUUUUUAAAUGAAAGUCUCAUCCUGAACCGGUCCGGGAGAACGCGGCUCCCUUCCUCACCCCCUGCCGCUGUGACAGCAGCGGUCCGCCCUUACAGCUCCGAGCGCGACGGACAGAACCGGAAGGUGGUGGUGGUCGGCAUCCCGAACCCUUUUAUCUGGCUUCGCACCCGAAUCUACUACUUUCUGAUCCGGGCUUACUUUGACAAAGAGUUCAACAUUCAAGAGUUCACGGAGGGAGCGAAGCAGGCCUUCUCCCAUGUAUCCAGACUGUUGUCACAGUGUCAGUUUGAAGCUUUGGAAGGGCUCGUGGCUAAAGACUUGAUUGGAAAGCUUGAGGAGAAGUGCAACCUGCUGCCAUCGAGCCACAAGAAAGCUCUUUCUGCAGAUCCUGAUGAGAUCAUGUACACCACACCUGGAGACGUGGGGAUCUUCUAUGAUGAUAAUGGGAGAAAAUUUGUCAGUAUUCUGAUGCGUUUCUGGUAUCUGACAAGUGCACGUCUUCCAAACGAAGCCAUGGAGGGAACCCGUAUAUUCCAGGUGGCCAUUGGUGGAGAGGGCAAUCCAGAAACUAAGAGACUCCUAACUGCAAACUAUGAAUUCCAAAGGGAGUUCACUAAGGGAGUGCCUCCAGACUGGACAAUUACGAGGAUAGAGCACUCCAAGCUUCUGGAUUAAGGUGGUUUUGAUUUGAGGCAGUCGUGCCACUGGAAACUAAUCAAAGACAUGAAGUUCCCCUCAGUAUUUGCUUUCAAACAUGACGCAUCUCCUCACUGGGGAAGUUGGAGGAAAACACCAGGACAGACUUGUUCACUGUAGAGAAGACACAUGAGCCAACCCAUCUAUUCUCAUAGAUACAGCCCAGAACCGCUGCGGUAUAACAGGGGUUCUUAUGGGUUUUAAGAACUUGACUACAGUAGGUUUGUGAACUCUUCACAAGGUUUGUACAUUUAGGAAUGUGGCCAGAUGAAUCUGAUAUUGUUUUCAAUUUAUUUUAAUUAUUAUGUAAUAUCAUAUGGAUGGGGUCUGCUGCACGUGGGUGUGCCUUGCGUCUGUUCUUGGAAACAUCUUGUUUUGUAUUUUUGAAAAUUCUGACUAUUCUCUUAAACAGUAUUUCCAA